AUGUCGGAGCGCAUCGAGCAGUGCUACUGCAUUAAGUUCUGCUACAAGCUUGGUGAUACACAAGUGCAAACUAUCCAGAAGAUUCAGCAAGCCUUUGGCGAUGAAGCCAUGGGAAUAACACAGAUAAAGGAGUGGUAUAAUCGCUUCAAGCAAGGACAAAUCUCAGUUGAGAGCAAGCCACGGUCAGGCAGGCCAUCCACCAGCAGAAACGAAGAAUUCGUUGAAAAUGUUCGUCGAAUAGUGAAGGACGACCGUCGUAUAACCAUCAAAGAAAUUACAGAAGCAGUAGGAAUAAGCUCAGGAUCAGUUCAUACAAUUUUAACGGAAGAUUUGGCCAUGCGACGAGUGUCUGCUAAAUUCCUUCCCAAGUUGCUGGUGGAACAGCAGAAAAACAACUCCUCCUGGAAAUUGCACAAGACCUGCUUGACUGUGCUAACAGUGACUCUGACUUCAUGA